AUGGAUCCUCUUUCAGUCCCCGCGAGUUUGAUUGCUGUUAUCGGCGCGGCCGGUGCAGCUGUCAAGAAGAUCGAUCGACUCAGACAUGCAGAUGAAGAAAUCAAAGCUAUUCGAGGUGAUCUGGCCGACUUCGAGAAGAUAACUGCCGCCGGCAGAGACAUCCUCGACACCACUCGUGUGCAGAUACCAAAAAACCUGCGUAGGAGCUUUUCUGAGGUGCUCAACCGAGCUCAGAAACUGUUGGUUGAUCUUGACAAUGUUGUUAACCGGAGCCUUCUCAGGCGGAAACCCGAUAGCCAAGCGAGAGCAUCGAAGGUUGGUCCGACGAUGAAAAGUCCCCAGAUUGCGGGACUACGUGAGCAAUUGAAAAAUGUGAAAUCUAGCCUUGGAAGCCUUCCGAAUGCUGCCGCUCUGACUCAACAGUUGCUGCGGGCAGCUUGUGAUCCGACUCCUCGAUGGACUAGUCCUUGCCCUCGGUGCGACUUCGUCCGCAAAAGAAAGAUCAGUAGGGCUUGCUUGGCCUGCUUGCGGUUGGGCUUGAGGGCCACUCUGUCCAUAUCGCUGUCUGCGCGAGUCAAUUUCGCUGACAUCAAGCUCACGGCAUCCGGUACGACACCAGAACAUUCCUGCUGGCAGACUCUUCUUGUACAAAUUGUUUGCCCAGAACUUUUCUCCAGGGAUUUGACGGAUACUUAUCAGUGGCUGGAUGAUAGCAUCCUUUGCUGGGAAGAUGAAGAGAUCGCAAUACACAUCUUUGGCCGCUCAAACGACUAUGACACUGCCGACGAUCCUGCUCCCGCUCUUGACUGCAGGAUCCGUCGAUUUGCGCCGGCCGAGAAAUUUAACGGUGUGGUCAAAACGUGA